CAGACGGGACCAACAGCAGCUCGACUACAGGCCUGGGAAGAACGUCCACAGAAUCGACAUUCUCGGGCUCGACGGAACUUGUUUCUAGCUCAGUGUCGACCAUUUCGGCCGGUAGUAAGACUAGUCAGCGGAGCUCCGAUAGUCGUGGGGGCUCGAAUAAAUCCGUGAUAUGUAGUAAUAGCGCCGAUCUUCAGGAACAGGACCAAAGGAAUUGCUCCGCCCGUAUGACGGAGCUGCCAGUUGUCGCAGAGGGGUGUGUCAGCGGUGAGGGUCCGUGCGAAGAUGAAAAAGGAUGUGCUGAAGAUACAGCUGCAAGCGAAAAAGGAGCGGUAGGUGGUAAGGCAGACAGUGGAGAAAAUCAGGCGCCGAAGCCGCACGAACAUGACGCAGCAGCAGAGACGCAGCCAUCGGGGGGGGAAACCGCGCUUGCCUCGGA